AUUGUAAGAGACCCAAAGGAAAAUUAGGAAAAAUGGUGGCAGAGGAAGUAGUAGUGACCCUCUCCGGAGGUGCACCAUGGGGUUUCCGAUUACAGGGAGGAGCUGAGCACCAGAUGCCCCUCCAAGUUGCAAAGGUGAGAAAGCGCAGUAAGGCUUGCAGGGCCGGGCUCAGAGAGACAGAUGAGCUGGCAUCAAUCAACGAUGUCUCCUGUGAAAACCUGUCUCAUGCUGAAGCUAUGAAUCUGAUUGACACUGGCAGAGGAACACUUCAUUUGCGAAUUAAAAGGGCCCCAGCUGCCUUUCAGUCAGUGGUGCUCUUGGGUCGGGCACCCUCUCCCCGUAUUGAUAAGGAGUAUCGUGCAGCCUUAAGAGCUCUAUCCCCACCGCUCGUCUCUAAACCGUCUGGUGUUAACAGGGCAUCGCUCCUGUCCCCUACUGGUGGGAUUGGGUGCCUUACGUCCCCUCCAGACAGCGAGGCGUACUACGGUGAGACAGACAGCGAUGCAGAUGUGGUGGCACAAGAGAGGCAGCGCAGACAGAGACGACGAAGCCCCAGUAACUCACCCUCCAAGAGCCCAAGCCAAGUCUCACCGCAGGAAGAGGAGACAUCAGAACUUAGCGGCUAUGAAAGUGCCCAGGAUGUGUGCACUUUCCCUCAGUCACAGAGCUGGGGUGGGUCAGGUGUGAAUGAACAACAGCACGUGAUGCCCGGGGUGGCCCGUAGAGAGGUGGUCUUUCAGCCACCACAGGUUGAGUGGUCACACCAAGGAGAAAACUCCUCUGAUAAUUCUGAUCAAAGUCCAUCAGGUGCUGCAGAAGUGGACAGCGGUUUUCAGGAGCCACCCUCUGUACCUCCUCUUGUUUCUCCAGAACGGGCCAGAGGAGCUCUCAUGCUGGCAUCUCACAGACAGAUGGUACCCAUAGUGGGCCCUGUGAUUAACCCAGUGGAUGAAGAACUCAGUGUUACAUAUAUGGACAAGGCCAAGCAAGCUAAGCUACACAGGGGUGAAAGUUUACAGGAUAAGCAGGUGAAGGAGGCUAGAUCCAAGUGCCGAACCAUCGCCUCGCUCUUGACCGACGCACCAAACCCUCAUUCUAAAGGUGUGCUUAUGUUUAAGAAGCGACGACAGCGUGCGAAGAAAUACACUCUUACUUGUUUUGGCAGUGUAGACGGAGAAAGCUACAGUACCACUGAAGGAGAAACAGAAGACGAAAGCUUCUUUCCUGGCAGUGACUCUGAAUUUGAUGAAGACGGUUUUUCUGCCGCACCAGACCCUACUUGGGAUAGCGGUUAUCUGGAUGUUCUAGACAGGAGAACUUCAGCGUGUGUUGCGUCUGACAGAGAUGUAGAGACCAGUCCAGGCCUAAACGCCACCUCAGGAAAAGGAGCUCAUCUUUUUGAACAACAAAGGAAAAGAGCAGAAGAGCAUACGUCAAACCUGGUUACAUCCUCUGCUUUGCCCAAACCACAGCAUCAGGAAGACUCGACCUUGACAUAUACCCCAGUUACUCCAGUUGCACCCCUGAAUUCUCAUAGUACCAGUAUGCUGAACGGAGAACCUUUGGUGGUGAGCAGGACAAGCGUUGUGUUGUCCUCCCCUGGCCAGACACAGAUGCCAUCAAUGGCAGGAGCUUCACAAGAACAAACUGACUCGUCGGCUGCCAGCUCAGUGCACAACAGAACCGCCAGGCCAUUUGCUCCUGGCUGUGUAAGCCACAGAGCGGCUACUGCUCCCGUAGUCUUUAAACCCACCACUGCCAAAAAAGCUGGAUCACAGAUCCAAGCUGUGUCUGUGGCAACAAUCCCAGCAUCCUUUUCUCCUGCUAGGUCAGAGGUGAAGAAAGCCAUAUCAACAACAUCACUGUUUAUUCCUGCCAGACCAGCCACCUACAAUGGUCCUUCCUCUUUGCUUUCUCCUUCGUCUGUCACUUCAGGUCCAUUUUCUCCCCCCGCUUCAAAUGCUCCACAUUACUCCUCAGUCUAUUCCAGUCCCUCUGCCCCGUUUUCUCCAACAGCUUCCCAUGUAUCAUCAUUGAAUUCACCACAUGGUACGGUUCAGCCUUAUUCUCCAUCUCAAAAACAGGCAAUGCCCCUAAGUCCUCCUUAUCAGGCGGUUUCUUCUCAAUAUCAGCCACCACCACCACCAAUUAAUGUUACAGAACAGCCUUUCUCUCCCACCUUCACAAAUGCCCCAGCCCUUCACUAUGUGUUUGCUCCUGCCCCUGUCUCUGUCCCUGUCCCUGCCCCUACCCCGGCCUCUGUACAUACCAAUGCUCCAGCAACCCCAAAUGUACAGUCUUGCCCAUCACACAAAGUUUCUUUCAACCCAUUUGUUUCUGUAGGAUCCACUACCCCAGACACACCAAAUACACCAAUGCCCCAGCAGUAUCAAGAAGCAAAAUCCACUGACGGGAUCUCUUCUCGGGAACAGCGGGUCUCUGUACCGGCUGCCCGCACUGGUAUUCUGCAGGAGGCUCGUCGUCGUAGUGCCAAUAAACCAAUGUUUAAUCCCCAAGAGGAGAAAAAGCCUCCUUCAUACAACCCUGAACUACUGUCUCUAGUACAGAACCUGGAUGAAAGGCCCCGUUCUGGUGUGGAGGCUGGGUUUGAGUCUGGCCCUGAGGAGGACCUCCUCAACUUGGGUGCUGAGGCUUGUAACUUCAUGCAGGCCCAGAAGAACAGGAUUCCACCACCAGUGGCUCCUAAACCAGCUACCCCAGCUCCCGAGAUUUCUCAGAUGCGAGGGAAGGGGGCAGAGUUAUUUGCACGCAGACAGACUCGCAUGGAUCGUUAUGUGGUGGAUAAGCAACCUAAAUCUCCAGCCCAGCCUCGUGACCCUUCACCCACACCCUCUCUCCCAGGUCACUGGAAAUACUCUCCCAACAUCCGUGCCCCGCCACCUAUUAAUUAUAAUCCACUGCUGUCACCAUCCUGUCCUCCAGUGGCCCAGCGUGGCACCAAGGCUAGUGCUGCAUCAAAAGUUGGGGUUAAAACAGUGCCUGGCCAACACAAACCAGGCAUAAAGGCUCUUGACUUUGUGAGCAGGCAGCCAUACCAGCUCAACUCCUCCAUGUUCAGUUAUGGCGGUGGAAUCCCUCAGACCACUGCCACUUAUCAGCAGCAGAAUGGUGUCAACAUGACAGGCAGUUCCCUAAACAUGCCAAAGCAGGUUCCUGUUAAAACAAACCGUGUGUAUGAAAUCAAACGUUUCUCUACACCUCCUCCCAUGUCUGCACCCACAGCCUUGACCCCUAUUGUAAUUGCCCCUCGCUCUGCCACCACUCUUGGUGAGCCGAUGUGGCGUACUGAUAUCACUUCCCCACCUCCUGUUGCUCCACGACCCAUGGCACCAUUCUCCCCACCACCUCCUGCCCCUACAGCAGCUCUGCCUGCUCUCCCCAAAAUGUCCACCACCCCUGUGCUUAAUUCAGUGCCUGUUCCACAACCAGCGCAAGCCUACACCCCAUUCCAGGCAGCUAAGCAGUUUCAGAGCGCCCCUGAGUUGAGUCCUCUAUCCGCUGGUGUGCGAUCCUCAGUGUCUGGGAGCAGCCAAAACCUGCGGGUACCCAGACCCCGCUUCAGUACAUCAAGUAUGGGAAUCCAACCAAAUGUGUGGAGGCCUGGCUCCGUGCAUUACUGAGAAUCCACUUUGACACUAAUUACCAGCCAGAGGCAAGAGCACUCAUGUGCUUGCUCUGUUCUGUCAAAUGAAUUGUGCGACUACAGUAAUAUGACAAAAGGCAUCAGUCAUAGAACUGAUGCGUUUUCCUGCAUGUUCACAAUUUUAGCACACGAUUGUACUUUGUUUGUUCAUUACUCAAUGACACCACUAUUAAGGGGUUGAUUCACCUAAAAUUAAAAUUCAGUCAUCUUUAUUUAACCUCACGUAACCCUACUCGAACCCUGCAGGACUCAAACCAGCAAUCGGCCCGGCAUGGGAGUCAGGCACUCUAACAAGGAGGCUCAAGGCCACAAUCUCUUGAGAUUGGGAAAUAAAGUUCAAAGAUGACAAUUUUCGGAAAACUAUUCCUUUAAAAGAAUGCAGUAAUAUCACACUGUGAAGACAAGCUUAAUUUAUGGUGAUGAACAGAUGAAAUGCACACUGUCACUAUUUGUUAGAUGAACUAAAUUAAAUAUAGCCACUAAUGUCUGAUAACCAUCAAGUUUGAUGUUAUGUACAGUACAUGGGGCCACAAGGAAGAUAAGUAAUACUGUAUUAAUGAUUUGUAUUGCUGGUUUAUUCACUUGGGGCCACAAGGAUGUAAUGAUAAAGAGUGAGAAAACUGUGUAAUGACAAGAUCCUAUUGUGUCAGAAGAUAUUUAAGGCCAGAAUCAAGUGUUGUAGAAUGUUCAGAGAUGUAUCUGCUCAAGUUGUAUCAGGGUCUAUGUGACAAAGAGAUGAAAGAGGUGUAUAAAGAUUGUGACAACAGCUGAAAUGAUAAAGAAGAAGAGUCCUGGAGAGAUGGUACAAACCAACCAUGCUUUAACUCAUGCUUUUGAAUUGCUAGCUUAUCGACUUGCUUCCGCCGAUGUCUUGUUACACUAUCCAUCCUUGACAGAGAGCAAAAUAUCUCUUGUGGCUGAACUGCAGGCCUGUGUAAAGAGUGUUGCUCAAAGGCUUUGCUUCUUGCUUGACGGGGAUCAGAAUGGAUGCUUGAUGCAUGCGCUCAUUUCAUCCUCAUAAUGCUACAAAUGCCGAGCCUGAGACUGACUGAGUAAUUUGAAAAGCAUGUCAACUCAACACUCGGGAAUUGUGCUUGAGCCUUUUUAUACGACAGCCGAAGAGACAGAGAUGCUUGAUGACAAACUGAUUGCACUGCUUUAUCUUUGUAACAUAUUAUGUGAAUGCGACAUCUCACCACUUUCUGCUGUGCUUGAUCUCAUUGUGAAUAAUGCUUAUGACAAACAAGUAUUACAUUCAUUUAAAUCACUUGUGUGAGCCGUUUGGCAGCAGUUGUGAAAUAUGGACAUGCCUAGAUUGCUUGCUUUGCUUAUUUUAUGAAAAUAAUAAUCGAUGGUCAAAAUAAGGGUCAUGUGAUGGUGGGUACCAUUUCUUAAGGAUACACUCUAAAAAUGUUGUCCAUAUUUGACCCAACUAUGGGUUCAAACAACCCAACAUUUUUAGGGUGUAAGAUGGUUGAUUGGAAGUAAUAUUAUAUAUUGUUGUCAUAUAAUUAUAAAGUGAUACCUGAUUCAUUUUAAUAUUUGAAGUAUGAAGCAAGAGAGAAAUAUUUUAAAGCAAGAAUGGAGGAAAAGGCAAGUCAGUACUUUUUCUGACCUUGUGGGUUACUGUGUUGCUGUAUACACUAAAAUGUUAAUACAGUAAUGUCGUAGAGUAUGUGUGAACCAAUUGGACUGUCAGAAUGUAUGCCAUGCAUCUACACAGCACAUUUAUAGGUAUAUUUCUUUAGUAAAAGUGUUAUAUGUUUGCUUUAAAUAUUUGAAAAAUAGUGUAAAUUAAAUGAAUUACACUUAGUUAUAUUGCUUUGGGUAAUUUGAAGUUAAUAGCAGGAUUGUGCAAUUGCAGAAAUUGAUGGAGUAAUGGCGUUUUAGUUUUGGGGGUUGUGGGUUUGGAAAGAGAACUAAUUUGUACUGUCUGAGACACUAAUGUAGAAUAAUUUAAAUAAAAAUGUAAAAUUUCAA